AUGGAUAGCAUGAAUGCACCGCCUCGCGCCAAGCCAUUGACUGCGCCCACGCGAUAUGCCACUGAAUGUGACUCGAGCUACACCAGAUUUCAAGUCUUCUUCCGUGGCACGAUUUCUGGUCUUGAAAUCGUUGGGAUCGUCGCGAGCAUAGUUCAAAUCGCAGACCUCGGCGCCAAAAUAUCAGUCAAGCUCUGCUCUUUCUACCGCACUGUCAAAAAUGCCAAUGACUCUAUGCGAAGUCUAUCUAGUGACGUGUCUCUUACUUGCAGUGUUCUUCGCGAACUUGGCAAAGCCCUUGAUCAGGAUUCCCAGACGAAAAUUUGUUCGCCUGGGGCUUUCAGCACUACUCAAGAUGUCUUGAAAGAAUGCAGGGCAAUCUUCGAGGAAAUCGAUAGUGAAAUUGAGAAGCAUGACCAAGAAAAAGGAACGAAUCGACUUCUUCGCGGGGUUCAAAAUAUCACACUAGGAUUCCAAGGCCCAUAUCUCGAUUUGCUGAAGAGUAAUCUGGAGAGACUGAAGUCUACCAUGUUGCUAAUGCUAAAUGUUCUUAUGUAUGCAGGGCAGCUUCGCAAGAGGGGUGCCAAAGCCCCACUCACCGAUCAGCAAAAUUUAAUUCAACGCCUUCUCGAAGAAAAGAAAGAGAAGGACACUACAUUUCACCAAUUAAGUCGCCCUGCGUCCACGGUCGUCUUGAAAGUAGACGAACCCCUGCAGGGGACUACCAGAGCUUUAAGCAUAGAGCCGCAGCCUCCUUUACCACCGGAUCCUUCUCUGACCGAAGUUAAAGAGUAUUUGACUCUUGUCAGAAGGCUGCUCAGCGAGAUCGACGCGUGCCACCAUAGCUUAGAAAAGAGCCGGGUGCUCAGGAUCAGGAAUGGAGUCGCAAAUGUGCACUCGAUGGAAGUGUCUCUUUUCCAACACACCCACGGGCAUUCUGCAACUCGGGAUCUUCAUGACCCCUUUUUCAACUUCAGAGAAUCUUGUCUUCCUAAGCCCAAUACACAACAGCAAUACCACCCAGAGCGGCUUUCUCCCAAUGGUGUCGCAGAAGCACAAGCUGCAGAACUAGACGAACAAUGUAUACCGGAUACCAUCAUUAAAGCCGAUGACAGUUUAAUCGAUACCUCACCGACACAUCAUCAUCAUCAUAACAGUCAUUCACCUGAUCUCGGGAGGCGUCGAGUUACCCGGUUUUUCAAUGCAACUAGUUCUUUUUUCGUCGGAAAACAGUACAAGAAAGUCGACAAGACCGAGUCUGACAUACAUAAGAGACCAUUUCACCUUAAAGCCGCUAUCGAUGGCUAUCAGUACCCAGUCCAACCCCAAAUUCAAGGCAACCACGGCGGCGUACCGCAGUAUAUGCAGAACCCGUGGUAUAUGAACCCCACACCUCAGCAGACUAACAAAUAUGAGGAAGCCGUGUCAAAUCCCAUAGCUACAAAUAAUCCACCUCCAGCUUUCUCUCAUAUCAAAACAGUGGAUCGGGAACUGGAAGAAUUGAUGCUACAAUGGACAACACUGACGCGAGAAGAGAUGGAGAUAGAUGUGGAAGGGGAAUUGAAUGCAAACAAGUGA